AUGGUAGUACGUGCAAUUAAACAACUUUCAAGACCAAGAAAUGGGGUUGGUGCUUAUAUUCAACCAUGUUAUAAGUUAGUCCUUCAAUAUUGUAACUGGGGUGGUUCCUCACAGGGAAUGCGUGAUUUCCUAACAUCUAAGAGACUUGACAAGUUGGCAACUACUAUGCCUAAUAUUCAGUUCGAAGUACUAAGAAAAUCGGGACAUCCAACUAUAAGGGCAAAGUAUAUUCAGGGCCAAGCUCAUCCACAAAUUGAUAAAGUGGUAUGUGUACGAAAUCUAAACAUCGAUCAGGUGGAAAAUAAAAUGAAGCUCCUGCUAGCUUCUAGUGGAGAUGUUUUGAGGAAAAGAGUUAAGAAUCAUAACGUGGAGAGUUUGAAUUCCAGUGUAAGAGGUGUAUGGUCCCCAUUCCACACAGGUGAUCGUUACCAAGUAUGA